CAGUGGCUGGCAUGGCAUAAGACUUUAUAAAUGCCAUAAGUAAUGUCAUGUCACUAAGUCAGUCAGUCAGCUGCUGUUUGACAUUUGACAGUUCGUUGUUGUUACGAGUCAAGUGAUAAUUCUCGUUUAUUUUUGUAAUAAAUUUUGAGUUUGCUGUGUACAGAAAUCAGAUCCAAUGAAUUCACAUUUUCAUAGCUGUAAUGGCCAUAUUUGAGAAGACUCCACAAACCAAAGCCAUUCUAGAUGACACCGAGAAGCUUGUUUGCACCAUAGCAAAUGCACAAAACAUUAACAAACACACUGAGUACAUUUUGAGGGUGCACCGGGGGGUGAGCAAGGAGGACAAGUGGAAUGUGUCGCACAGGUACCGCGACUUCGCGGCGCUGCACGGCGCGCUGCAGGCGGCGCGGCGCGACCUGCCGCUGCCGCCCAAGAAGCUGCUCGGCAACAUGCACCCCUCCUUCAUUGCGGAGAGACAAAUCGCUUUACAGAAUUACAUAAAUGAAGUGCUGAAGCAUACAAUUUUGGCACUCAGUCUCAAUGUAAGAUGUUUUCUGGACCCCAGUAAUUACCCAGACAAUUUAGCAGAACAAGCUUUACAGACAGUGUCAAUAGCCCUGAGAGGCGAGGGCAGGUAUGAGCUGAAGGGCCCCCUGCCAGACAUUGGAUGGAGGAUCAGGAAACAUUACUUUAUGGUGACUGACACGGAGAGUCACGCCAACUGCCUGCUCUGCUGGCAGAGCUAUGGACCUGACCGGCAUUUGUGUGAUAAAGACUUGCAGACUGCUUUCAAAUGCCUACAAAAUUUAUCUCAUCCACACAUAGACCAAAUUUUAGCAAUUCAUAAUUUAGAAACAGGUGCAUAUGUAGUUAGGAAGGUCCACGAGACGGGAACAUUAAGAGAUAUGAUAUAUGGGACUGAAUACAGCAAGAGCUAUUUAAGUAAAUAUGGAAACCCUAAGACAAGGAAACCAUUGACUGAUGGACAAAUAGCGCACUACGGGCUACAGUUACUACAAGCUUUAAAGUUUUUACAUGAUAAGGGAUUACCGCACGGGCACAUCCACCCCGGUAACAUAGCGAUAGAGAACCAGAAAGUUUUACUCCUGGACAUAGAGAACACCCUCCUUGGGGUAGCCAAUGUGCACCGCCCGUACAUCCGUGAGCAUCGCAAGACCAGCUCGGCGGAGGCCAUCGACGUGUACAGCUUCGGCAGAACUCUGUACGAGAUGGCACUUGCCGAGACCUUGGACGAGCCCUACUGUGAUAUCUUUCCGUGCAACAUGUCUAAUGAUUUGGUGUCGGUGCUCCGGCUCUGCCUGUCCAGUUCGUCGUGCAAGCACGGGAUGCCCACCAUAGAGUCCCUACUCCGACAUCCGUUGUUCUCGCGCCCGCUGGUGAUGGGCAACGGGGUGCACUCCGACGGCGCGACCAGCCUCCGUGUGCCGUCGCAACUGAAGGAGGAAAUCAAGAUGGCCGUCGCUGUGAUGGAGACUAGACUAAAGGCUGAGCAGAAAUUGGUACGCGGUGCUAAAAGAGAAGUUAGAAUACAAGAAAUACUGGGAUCCGAAGAAGAAAUGAGAAAGCAGAAACGGAGAGCGAAGAAGCGCGAGAGCGUCUGGAAGUCGACAUCGUCACUAGCGGAGACGGUGCGCUCGCAGAGUGUGAGCACCGCCUCCUCGCCCACACCGCCGCAUCAUCCUUCUGAUGCGCCUGCGUGCACCAAUGGCAGCUCAUCGACGUCCGCGUCGUCAGCUCCUCUGGCCAGUCCCGUGGCCGCUGGCGGGACCCAACAGACCAAAGUGACCAAUGAGGCUCCAGCGACCAACGGCCGCUCCGCCCUGCUCAGUGCCAUCUGUAGUUUCGACAAGACGCGGUUGUCGAGGAUUAACUCGGGAUAAUUUACAAUAAAACCAUAUUUAUAAUUAAAAUUAAAAAUGGUUGAAGGUUGUUGUAGCUAUUCCAUGUUUUUUGCAAAAGCAACAUUAACACUUGAAACGGCGUAGGAGAAACAACGGAUUAAGGUGGAAAUAAAGACAUGGAAUAGCUUUGCAAUUAUGUAA